GCUCCGCAGCGCAGCAUGGCGCGGCCCGAUCUCGCCGCCAGCGUGGAGGCCGUGCUGGGCGACCGCGGCAACGCCAACCGCGUCUUCGAGAUCCUGGAGCUGCUGGCGGCCGAGGAGGAGGAGGACGCGCUGUGCGCCGCGCGGACCUGCCGCCGGCUGUUCGCCGCGCUGCUGCGGCGGGGAGAGCUGAUGGUCGGCAGCCUGCCGGCGGAGGAGGACGUGCCGAGUGGGAUCUGCAGCGCCGAGGAUAAAUACAAGAUAUGGAUGAGGCACCGCUACAACGACUGCGUGGAGUGCUUGUCCGAGCUGCUGGGCCACGACUCCUUCCAGGUGAAGGAAUCGUCGCUCUGCACCCUCAUGAAGUUCGUGGAGGUGGAGGCAGAAUGCCCGCUGGUCGCACAGCAGUGGCAGGGCGGCGUUUUUCCUCGCCAUCUUCUGAAGGUGGUUGUUAAUGGCUUACUUCCCAUACACGAGGAUGCUUCACUGCUGAUCUCUCGCUUCCAAGAAUACAUGGAGUACGACGACGUUCGGUACUUCGUCAUGAAGGCGGUCACUGAGAGCAUUGGGCAAGUGAUGCAAAAGACAAAAGAGAGGCCGCUGCCAUUUUACCAGCAGAACGUAUUUUCCCUCAUUUCACCCAUUAACAUGCCGAACAAGGAGCGUGACAUGGUCAAAUUUAUGGUGAAGCAAGAUAACCAGAAGGAAUGGAAGGUGUCAAAGCUGCAGGCACACAAGCAGGCGUUUGAAAGAAUGUGGCUCACUUUUCUGAAGCACCAGCUACCCAGUGGCCUUUACAAAAAAGUUCUUGUUAUUCUGCAUGACUCCAUCCUGCCUCAUAUGAACGAGCCCACUCUCAUGAUAGACUUCUUGACAGUGGCCUAUGGAGUAGGUGGAGCAAUUAGUCUUCUAGCCUUAAAUGGAUUAUUUAUUCUGAUUCAUCAGCAUAAUCUGGAAUACCCUGACUUUUACAAAAAGCUGUACAGCCUUCUGGACCCUUCUAUAUAUCACGUGAAGUACCGAGCCCGCUUCUUCCAUUUGGCUGAUCUGUUUUUGUCUUCAUCUCACUUGCCAGCAUACCUGGUGGCAGCAUUCAUAAAGCGCCUGUCCCGGCUGGCCCUCACUGCUCCUCCCGAGGCUCUGCUCAUGGUCAUUCCCUUCAUCUGUAAUCUCUUUCGGAGGCACCCGGCCUGCAAAGUGCUGAUGCACAGACCAAAUGGGCCUCAAGAUUUGUCAGAAGAUCCGUAUAUCAUGGAGCAGGAGGAGCCAUCUGAGAGCAGGGCUUUGGAGAGCUCUCUCUGGGAGAUCCAGUCUCUACAAAACCAUUAUCACCCAGAUGUGGCCCAGGCAGCUGCUAUCCUCAACCAGUCGCUGUCUGAAAUAGAGGAUGACAUAUCGGGGCUCUUGGAGCUCUCAGCUUCUGAGCUUUUUGACAAAGAAAUAAAGAAAACAUCUGCUAAUGUGCCGCUGGAAUUUGAGCAAGUACGAGGUUUGUUUGGGAAGAAAAAUGAUAUCUUUGCAGAACACUUUGCUUUAGAUUGAUGAGAUCUCUUAAAAACACAUCUGCACAGCACACGGAUCUUAAGGACCUGCACAAAACUCAUGUGUUUUGCUGGACAAUUCUGCCUUUGAAAUAUCUAAGUGGUGAAAGCUGGACUGCCUUCGAAAGGAGUGGCCUUCUUCAGUGACCUUUUCCAGUAUCUAUGUAUGGACUUUCUUUCGUUGUUCCUCAUGUCCCAUGCUUGCUUAUUGCUUCCUGGUGUUUUGGAGGGGUUUCCCCUCAGAGUAAUGUUUUCUGGACUUGUUCACUGUUGGGAUCCCAGCCCUUUUCUCAGGUGCUGGCUGAGAUCAGCGACUGCACUGACGGUGCCUUGCUGCCACUCAGAGGGUCUGAGGGGAAGGGUGGUCUUGCUUCUGUGUCUCAGAUGUGUUCAUUUCAUACAAGAGCCAGCAACCAUUUUUUAGUGAGUGACCUCAGUAGGUAACUGUAAACAUCAUAUUCUAAUUAUACAUUUUUUAAUAUAUUUACUUUUAAACUCACUUCAGGGAGAUGAUUUAGCUUCUAUACAGUGGUCUUAACAUGCCCAUGUUGAUACACGGAAAGGUUUGUCAAAAAGUAUCUCUCAGAUGAUGCUCAGUAAUUCCAUGUAUGAUGUGUUGCUGAUGUUCCUUCAUGUACGUUCAUCUCAUGCUGUAAUGUUUCUUAGUUCAAAACAGUCACGAGCUUUGGAAAUGAGCAUAAUCAUGGUGACUGUGUAGGGCGGCCAACUGAUGUGCAGUGGAAAGUAGUUUAAUCCUUGAUUUUUUGCUUCAGAAUGAUAAGCAGCUUAAUGUAGUUUUGCUCACAACCUGCAGACACUGCAGAAGCUGUGGCCAGUAUGUAUGCAGGUGCUAAUUAAGUUUUAACUACCCCACUGAUAUUAGAAUGGCUUUGUUAAUUUGGAUUUUUCAUACGUUCCGGAAGUCAUGCAGAAAUUCCUUCUGAUAGUGUUUUCCAAGGUGUUAAGUGCUCUGCCUUGGUUUGAGGUAAACUCCUUGUUAAGAAUGCAGAUGAACUCACUCAGGACCAUUUUUCUAAUUAUUUUCACCGACUUAUUGUUAUCUCAUUAGGCUUCAACUCUGCUUUGAAAUCAUGUUUUGUGGAGGGAGCUAGGCCAAGAAAGCUCAUUUCUGGCAGACAAAUCUGUUUAAAUCAGGAAAAUCCGUAGCUGUCAGGCACACUGUGUUAUGUUUUCUUCAUCCAGUUGUCUUCAUGCUUUCUAAACAAGACAAACAAGAGCUCUGCCUCUUUUCCUUUUCCUCUGGUACUUUUUAACUCUGAUGAGAUGUUUUCAGGACUUUUUUUUCUUCCCCCCCCUUUUUUUUUUUU